AUGGGUUCUGAACAGGCUCAAUUAGAUUAUAAUUCAUCGAAUGCAUUCCAUGAUCAAAUAGCCACCGUUCAACUGAGUCCAUUUGGUGAAGUUGAAUGGCAUCGAAUAAUUACUUAUUCUCCAAUUUAUAUACAUUGGACCGAUGUUGUACUCGAUAAUAAUCGUCCAAAUGUUUUACCAUCCGUUUAUCGAAAAUCAUCAUUAACAUCACCAUCACGUACAAAAUUAAAUAUAAAAACUGUUGAUAUGAAUAAUUUACGUCUUGAAGAUGAUCAGUUGUUGAAUGAACUAUACGAUAUUCGACGUCAAGGUAGUUCCACUACACCAGGAUUAUCAGAUAAAAAACUAGAUACGGAGACUAUUGUACCAGCAAUACCAACAGCAACAGUUAUGCCACAGAGAAAAUUAGCAACUGAAAAUAGUCUAAAAAAUUCACCGGUACAUACGCCAACUGAAGAUUAUAAAAGGUUAACAGGAUAUUAUCGUGUGAAAUCAUCAGAAAUUAAAGAAAAUAAUGACAAUGUCAAUCAAUCUCCAAAACAUGUUCGAUCUACAACCGCGGUACUUAUCGAGAACACUCAAUCAACUAUUAAGUCUUAUUCUGCACGAUAUCCGGAUUCAAAAGCUGGUAGUUCUACCUAUGUAAAUAGUAUUGGUCCUAUAAAAACGAUUGAAAAUCUUCGAUUAUGUCCGAAACCAAAUCCAAUUAAUGUCGAUUCACUUGGCGUUCAAUUACGCCGAUCGACAAUAACUCGUGAAAGUGUUCUUGAUCGUACAUCACCAUUAUCAAUGACAUCAUCAAAACGUCAUUUAGAAUCACGUCGUACAUUUCAAACAACUAUGACCGAUUUACAUUCAUCACAAAUAAAUAGGCGACGUCAUCAUCAACAAAAAAUAGCCAAUACUAACACACCAUAUACAGAUCGUAUUCAAACAAAUAUUGAACGUUCACAAACAGGUAUUAUUAAACGACAUACAAAACAUAUGUUAAAAAAGAACGAUAUUCAAAUACAUAAACAAAAAAUCAAUUUGAAAACAAUUUUAGUUGAACCAUGGAAUAAACCAUUUUCAUUAAAUAGUAAUAUAGAUGAAUCAAUACCAAAUUCAUUAGAAAUGAUGGAAAAACUUGGUGGACAAUCGACAGCAUUCGAGAAAAAUUUAAAAUUUACUUAUAAUAAGCAUUUAGAACAUUUAAGAAAUAUACCUGUAAGAUAA